GCAGCCGUUUCAGGUAGAAUAGCCAUCAGUAUAGCUUCGAAGUAGGCUAUUAAUCUGUAAAGGAAAAUAAAUAAAUAAAUAUAUUUAAGCUGCCGUUUCAUCUAUUUUCGCCAUUCGUCGUUCAUUUAUGCUUUUUGAAAAAAAAGCGAGAAAAUGCUAAAAAAUUCCGGGAAGAAAUUCGUCAUUCCCAUCGUGGGAACUACUGCAACCUGUCUGUUAGUGCUGUUAGUCGCCUUAGGGCAUCGAGGCAUCAGGGUGGAUGGGAUGCAAAGAGAAAGAGAUUUGGGAAUGCGAUCGCUGCAGAGUUUGGAGAGCUCGGUGCAGACAGAGUCCCGGGACAGUCCUCAGUCGGGACGUAGGAAUGGUUUCUCUGCCUAUUUUUCCAAGUUAACUCGGGAAAGGAGAGAAGUGGAGAAGCCCGAACCGCAGAUGAACCCGGUAACCGAGACACCCCCAGCGGAGCACAUAACCCCGAAUGAUAUCUUUUUAGCAGUCAAGACCACUAAGAAGUUUCAUCAGCCUAGACUGGAUCUCCUGCUUGACACCUGGAUUUCCAGAAACAUGCAACAGACAUACAUAUUUACAGACGGGGAGGAUGAAGAGCUGAAGCAGAAAAUAGGAGACCACGCCAUCAACACAAACUGCUCUGCUGCUCACAGCCGGCAAGCCUUGUCCUGCAAGAUGGCGGUGGAAUACGACAAGUUCAUAGAGUCCGGCAAAAAAUGGUUCUGUCAUGUGGACGACGACAACUACGUGAACACGCGGACCCUGGUGAAGCUGCUCUCCCACUACCCUCACACUCAGGACAUCUACAUUGGCAAGCCCAGCCUGGACCGGCCCAUCGAGGCCACUGAGAGACUCGGUGACAGUAAGAUGAGGCCAGUGAGCUUUUGGUUUGCGACUGGUGGAGCGGGUUUUUGCCUGAGUAAGGGCUUAGCUCUGAAGAUGAGCCCCUGGGCAAGUGGUGGCCACUUCAUGAACACGGCUGAGAAGAUCCGGCUGCCGGACGAUUGCACGGUGGGCUACAUCGUGGAGUCCGUGCUGGGUGUGGGGCUCAUCCGUAGCAGCUUGUUCCACUCCCACCUGGAGAAUCUGCAACAGGUGCCCAAAUCAGAGCUGCAUAAACAGGUUACACUGAGUUAUGGGAUGUUUGAGAACAAGAAGAAUAUCAUUAACAUCAAUGGGGAUUUUUCAGUGGAGGAGGACCCAUCAAGGUUCAAAUCUGUCCACUGUUUGUUGUACCCAGACACCCCUUGGUGCCCCUCCCACGUUACCUACUAGUGGUGAUGACCCACCUCCUUGGUAUCCUCGUCCCGGACGGCCUCGGUAUCUGAAAGGCCAACGGGACCUGUUCAGUGCAGGACCAGCGUGCCUGCUGUCGUUUUGGUUGCGGCGGCAUGCGGCCUGCAUUAAAUUUAUCGGGCUGCUGUGCGGCCCACUUUUUUCAGCUUUGGACAUUUCCUUCCUCGCCGGUCUCCGCGAUUCCCGCUCCACCCAGGAGACAAGCGAGUGGAACCGGCAGGAAGAGGGAUUCAGCAUUACAUAGGCAAUCAAAUGCACUUCCUAUGUUGUAAAUGUUGCCGAUCUACUUGCUAUUCUCAUAGAAUGCACAUAUAUAUUUAUAUUUAUAUAUAUCCCAGUGUCAUUUGCCAGCUAUUAUGUGCUUAUUUUUCCUAAUUCUGGUUCCCAUGGUUACACACAUUAUAGUCACUAUAUUACUUUUUGUAUUGGGUGUUCUUCAAGUCUUUUUGAGGUAUUCCAUUUGUUUGUGUCCACAAACCAGGGAAACUUCCGCUUGAUGUUCAGUAGACUCCGGACAAAACCCACUUAUGUGAAGAUGUGUUUCCUUUUGCAUUUAUUAGUGUUAUUCUUGUUAGCUGCCAGUUCUGUAGAUGUAACCUUAGGUUGUUUAUGGCUUGAUCUGAGGUACGUCACUGUAAAGCACUUUUGCCCUUUACCGAGUUUAUGUUGGUUAAUGAAUUAUGAGGAUGAAAUGUUAAAAUUUCAAAAAGGGCCAAAAGAAAAUGUUAUAUAAUAAUGCCAUUUAAUACGUUGCUUCAAAAACAAUCAUGGCAAAAGAAAACUGUAUUAUACAUGUAAAAAAGUUUUAAAAAUAUAAAAAGUGGUGUUUUACAUAAAAAAAUAUAUAUACAUAUUAUUCAAAGAUUUAUAUGUGGCCUUGUGGCCUCAUUAGACUGUGGUACAAAACUGCGGUAUUUCUCCUGUAAAUGAUCUCAUGUUGGGCCGCAUGAGCCUCAGCUAAUUAACAUAAACUGAACAGCCCUGCGGCCUGUUCGUAACUGGAUCUAUCACACCAGUGACUAAUAGUUCAAAUCAAUGGCAGCUGACAACGCCGACAUCCGAUUCUCAGAUCCCGUUUACAAGCUCUCAGAAUUUUUUGUUUGUUCAAUCUCUGCUGAAAGCGCCUUGUUCUAUGUUGACAGUAGGAUCUUAAUCGCUCAUCCUUAAAGCAGGUCGGUGGGGUGGUGUAUUCUGUUUUGUGAAACUGUGAAGUGACCGGGCUGCCAUUGUGAAACGGGACCUUUCUGAAGCAGCUCCGGUCGUCCAUGUCCUGCGUAAAUGACCCACAAUGGGUGUGAAUGUAAAUCACUAUUGAAAGCAGUAUUUCUGUACUGUGCUUCUUUUGCCCCUUCGGAUGACUGUGUGUGUACAUAAAUUUAUAAGACUGUUUAUGUUGUAUAUGCAGUUUGCUUUUUGUGGAUCAGAAUGCUUCUGGCGACUAUCAGAAGACCGUUUAUCGCUUCUAUUUGCAUCUGUACCUGUAAAUUAUGCUCCAGUAUCUGGAAUGCUUAACUCAGAUGUGUGAUGGGAAAGAAUUGCUUCUCAGGGACUGUGACCUUGAUGUCGUUACCAUGGCAAUUGCUUUGGGCACCAUUCCUUCGCUUUCAAUAAAGAGCAUACUUGCCGAGUC